GUUUUUUCCUCUUACAGAUAAGAAAUGUUCCUUUAUGCUGCGCACUUAGGCUGCCUUUCUGGCAAGAAUGUUUAGGAUAGUGCAGCAAUACGAUGAUGUAAAGCUCAGAGGGACACACCUCCUCUAAACUGUCCUGCUCGCUUUGCUGUGUGUUCUCUGUAGUCAGGGUGCAGGACCAUGAGGAUGCUCCAGAAGUUUAUCCAGAGGCAGUAGCUCUCAGUGGCUGCUUAGAGGUCACACUUUUCUACGUGCCUUUUUGAAUAUAUCUGUCAUAAAGAUGAGUCACGAUCACCACAUGAACAGCUCCAUGAUGCCAAUCACACAUCCUCCUGAACAUCACCACUCAACGGCAGCCCCAGGACAUGGUCAUGGAUCUGACAUGAUGAUGAUGGCAAUGACUUUCCACUUCAGCUAUGAGAAUGUGCCAUUGCUGUUUUCUGGACUUACAAUCAAUACUCCUGGAGAAAUGGCUGGUGCUUUUGUGGCUGUCUUCUUCCUGGCCAUGUUUUAUGAAGGCCUUAAGAUUGCUCGAGAGUGUCUGCUCCGUAAAUCCCAAGUCAGCAUUCGCUACAACUCCAUGCCAGUGCCAGGUCCCAAUGGCACUAUCUUGAUGGAGACACACAAAACUGUUGGACAGCAGAUGCUGAGCUUCCCUCACCUCCUGCAGACUGUACUGCACAUCAUUCAAGUCGUGGUGAGUUACUUCCUCAUGCUGAUCUUCAUGACGUACAAUGGAUACCUCUGCAUAGCUGUGGCAGCAGGGGCAGGGACAGGCUAUUUCUUCUUCAGCUGGAAAAAGGCAGUUGUUGUGGAUAUCACAGAGCACUGCCAUUAACACUGGAUGCUGCCCAGAAGCCUCUCCACCCCACUGCUCUCUUGAAGCGCAGCCAUCAAAAGGACUGGAUCAUUCCUAAGCUGAAAGAGAAUCAAUAUAAAGAAAAUCAACUGGAGUUCACCACAAGUUCCUAGCUGGGGUGUAGGGAUGUGGGGAGCUGGGGUAUGCUGCUCCCCCUUGCUGCAGGCUGGCAGCAGGGUUGACUCUUGAGGGUCCCGUGGUAGCCAUUCUUGGCUAGGAUUUGCUUUAUUCUUAGAUUAUGCUGUGAUUUAAAUUAGUUGGCUGACAGAAAUGUAGAAAUUGUUCUUUUAAAAAAAAACAACCAAACAAAAAAAAAACUUUUUUUUUUUUUAAAUUGUAAAUGCUCAUCUGUGAGGGUUUUAUGAACCGUAGGUAAAGAUCAAGGUUGCCAAUGGAGCCUGUGUGCAAAUGGCUAUUUUAAUUUUACUUUUUUCAAUAUGUACAUAAUGCUGGGGAGGAGAUCUCCCUGGCAUUGUGGCUUUUGGGGCCAAUGACACCUUCUGAUGCAGAAGGACUCAGCCUCUGAGGCAGAUUUGGUGCUGCACAUUAGACACACUCAGGUGUGUCCUGGCAAGGGAGUACUUUGACAUAAGUAUGUGACCCGUGUGCUUCAGGGGAUCUAGAUGAGUCUGUCCUCCAAGCCUGUCAGAGUAUGAUGAGUGGUGUUAAUCUUCUGAUGUAUCCAGCAGCUUUACUCAGCUCAAAGUGGUAACAUUUGCGUUUGGCUGCUCUCACUUUCCAGUCAUGGAAAUAUACAGAGUAGACGCAGGACAACAGUUGUGUAUUUACAGGACAAAAAGGCAUUCAAUAAAGCAUUGAACCCACAUUUACUUCAUGUUGAAUCGCACCUGGAUGAAUCUAGAGCUAGGCUGUUGGUUUACUAAAACUAGUUCUGUAAAUGAGGCAAGAGCCAAAUAAUUAUUUCAUGACACUGAAGAUUAAAAUGUCUGAAGAUUGAGAUGGAGGAAAUAAACAACCAUGUUCCUGUAAAAGAGGUAUUUGGGCAAGAGAAGAAAGAAAAGAUACGACUACAGCAGCCUUUGGUCUCUUCUUGGGUGAAAUUUGGAGCAACUUAGGUUGAUUAAAAAGUAUUCCUAACCCAGAUGACUUCUCUUUAUCAUAAUAAUCAUGCUAUGACCAUCUUAGCUUGGAGGUGCAAGUGUUAUCAGUGCCAGUGGCGGACAAGUUUGUAGCACAGUAAAGCAUGCCCUGUUCAGUUCUGUGAGCUGUACACAUUUCACUGGCAAGACAGGCUGUGACACAGGCAAAACCAGCUUCCUGCAUGCAUGAUGCCUAGAACAUGCUUUGGGUUUCCUAGGGAGCAGUUUUGGUUUAGCACUUCAUUAUUAAACUGCUUCUUGUUGUAGGGAAUCUUGUGCAGAGUAGGAUGUGAAGCUCAUCAUUCUACUCAGGGUGCCCAAUUUUUGCCUGUAACUGGCUGAGAGGGAAGACAGCGGGAUUUUCAGAAGGGCACUUUUUGAAAAACAGGCACCACUUUCAGAAUGGAACUGAUACCUGGGAUGUGCCACAAGAACAGGGAAUCCUUUUCACAGGGAAGUAUCUGGGCACAUGCAGUAGCAUUUUUUUUUUUCCAAGGACACAACUAGUCACACUGUUAGCAGUAGCUGUGUAAGGAAAGCUGAUCUUUGAAGAGGAAUUACAUUUCUUUACCCUGUAAGCCUUACAGGGCAAGGCCCAUCUCUGUGUAUGUCGUUCUUCACUGUCCUGAUGCUACUACAUCAGCACAGAGCCCACCCUCGUCCUACCAACUUUUUUGAACUGCUGCUACCAGGAUCUUGAAUUGCACCACCUAAACUCAACUGUCCUGGGUCAAUGCCAGCCAUUUAUUUGGACAUCCUGUUUUCUUUGUGCAGUGCAAAUACAGAAUAAAAGGAGAUUAAUUAAAAGCAGACUUAGGUUUCUAAAGAGCCUCUUUAUGUAGCAAAUUUGCAUCUGGGUGAAAGAAGCAAAGUUAUUUUCAUGGAAAAAUUCUAGCCACCUCCUGAUGAGAGAUAAGAAAAGCUCUUCCCCAGUCUGAUAUCUGAAGGGAGUUACGUUUGUAGCAGACUGCAGAAGGAGAUACUGAUGCUCCGUUGCUGCAUCUGUCAGAAAGGUAAAAAUCUGUGCCCUCUGAGCAAUCAUGCCUCUCUGUGAGAGUGGAAGACAGACCCUUCCAAUCCCUGUGAGAGAGCUGUGAGGAAAUCUUGGUUUUUGUCAGAGAAAAUUGAAGCAGUUAAGUCCUGGUGAUGGUUGUUUAUGUUUUGAAAGAUUUACACUGCAGGGUCUUGAUCCCUGAAAGAGUUCAGAGCCGAUGUUGCCAGGUUUCUCUCGAAUGAGCCAGAGUUGUUGCCAUUACAGGGGUGUCUGAUUAUAGGGUAUAGUCAUGAGUGGCUUUGCAUGAUGGCAGUAGUUACUUCAUAUACCUCUUGCUGUUUCUUUCUCUACAAGUAGAACCUCUGCUUGGCCUGACCUUCCUGCUCUCACCUUUUAGCCACAUUUCCUUGUUUUCAAGUGACCAGACUUGAAUUCUCUGAUCCAAGUGGUCAGAGAUGGAUGACUUGGAGAUUAGGCAAUAGCUGUGGCUUGUACGAUAUACAUUUGGUUUUCUUGUUAGCUUUUCUGCCUUGUUCUACGUGUAGCAUCUGUGCCCUUGAAAUUGUUUCCCCCCCAGUGAUGAGUACCUCUGUCUUCAAAGGGUCACCUCCUGCCCAUGUUCACAGAAGAGGGCGCACAGCUUUCUCCAGUGUGCAGAGAGGGAAGUAACACUGACCUAGCAGUGGUCACUUGGGGAGCACCAGCCUGGGCAGAAGUCUCCCAAGUGUCUAGCGAGGGCCUCAGCUGCCUUCCAGCAGUCUGCAAGAAUGAUGUACUGGGCAGUACCCGAGUUAGAAAUGGGAGCCGGGCUGUGCUCUGGGGAGAGGUGCACAAGGGAAGGUCUGAAGGGAAGGGGCUUAAGGAGAGAAGGUGGAGGGCAGUGUCCUCUCUGCUUCUGAGCUCGCUCAGAAUUCAGGAUUCCAGUCCAUGUCUCUCUGCCAGCUUUGGCCAUGCGCUCUUUUGGUUCAGUGUUGACAAUCUAGAGAAGCUGACUACCUCCCUGUGUCCCAGCCUCCACCCUGGUCCACCAGAUGCCACCAGCUGCCGUGUUCUUGGCUGAGGUUGCCGUUCACUUUGCCAGAGUCUGAGCAAAACCUAGCCUCCCUGCCGAUGACUUCUGACUGUGUUUGGUGCAAUCUCAGCCUUUCUGCUGGCUGUAUGUAAGGUUCUCAUAGCAACACUAAAUUCACAUUAAGUAGUGCUUGGAGGGAGGUAAAGACUAAUGAUUAUGAGACUUGAGGAAAUUAAAUCUGUAUGUUAACACACAUGUAGCGUGCUUGGAACGUGAUGGCCGGUGUCUGUCUUUGUACCCUGAUGUUUGGUCUCAACACGCUGUGCCUGCACAUUAUGCAAAAAAAACAUCCGGGCUGUGUUCAUCACCUGGCUUCUGUUGCUUUUCUUUGAGUGCCUUUUCAGCUUGUCUAGAGCCAGUCCCACCAAAUCCAGCAGGAUUUCUAGUUUUGUUUACAGUGGAACUGUCGUUCUUGUUUUUACUCUUGCUCUUUGUGGAGGUAACUUGUCUAAUAUUACUGUGAAUAUCAAGAAUCUCCUGUAUAUAAUUAACCAAUAAACUAGAUGGCAUUUUA